CAGCAUAUGUUAUCUCAGAAAGUUACGCAUUUCUGGAGGAAGUUCAGAGUCAGCGUGGGAUCUGUGAAGCUGAAGAUGAGGUCAUCGGUGUGCGUUAUUGCUCUGCUGGUUCUGGUUCUGCCUGGCGUGCAGACAUUUAUGCCAGUAGGCAGUGGCAACACGCAUGUGACCAUCACCGGCAAAGCUGUGAUGAAAAAGAUCCAUGAAGUAUGUGAGGCGGUGGCUGAGUCAGAAGGAAGACCAUUUAAACCAUCAGGUUCCUCUGCGGAGGAACUGCUGCGUGCAUGUUUGGGUACAGACACUGGUCAGGUGUCAGGUGCCAAGUUCCAUGAAGCCCUGAAUCAGAUUUACAUGCAGAAUGGACUAGUGGAUCGUGACUAUGCGUCCAGUAAUCCGCAUCACUUCAGCAGUGAGGCUUUUAAGGAGGGACAUUCUCUGAUCAGCCAGGGUGUCGCCUCAGUCAAAGCCAGCAUUCGUAAGGAUAACUUACAGGCUGCUCGGGAAACACUGGGAAGAGUCUUACACACUCUGCAGGAUUUUUACAGCCACACUAACUGGGUGGAGCUGGGUAACAAGAACAUAUAUAUCAACCUCAUUAAACCAGAUCUCACCAUAGACAAUGUUGCAGAUGUGGACACCCCAACCUGCAGUGACUGUGCCAGUGGUACUUGUUCAAACCCUCUGCUGCCCUCCAUUUUGAAAGAGAGGAAACUCACAUCAGGAUACAUGGGCCUGUUUUCUCCCAGCAAACCUAAAGGUAAAUGCAGUCAUGGUGGCAAUGCUGAUCUUAGCAGUACCCAAAAUCCUCGUGGUGGAAUCAGCAAAGAUGAGCGUCAUGCCCAUAACGCAGUCCUACACGACACCGCAGUCGCACUGGCAACAGAGGCUACUCUUGAGCUCCUGGAGGAUAUUCGUGGAGCCGUUGGCAAUAAAAAUUAUCUCCGGAUGAUGGGCAUUGCUCGUACUGCUGUCUUAUGCUUUGUAAUUGACACAACAGGCAGCAUGUCUGAUGACAUCGCUGAAGCUAAGAGAGUUGCAUACCAAAUCAUUGACACUAAGAAGGGGACAAAGGAUGAACCUUCAGAAUACAUAUUGGUCCCAUUUAAUGACCCGAGCUUUGGACCACUUAUAAGGACAACAAACCCAGACACGAUGAAGACUGAGAUUUCUAAACUCGAUGCUAAGGGUGGUGAUGAUGAACCAGAAAUGUGUUUGUCAGGACUGCAGCUGGCUCUGACUGGAGCUCCUGCCUCCUCUCACAUUUAUGUUUUUACUGACGCCACUGCAAAAGACAUGCACUUAGAAAGAACCGUCAUCGCCCUCAUCCGCAGCACCAAGUCCACAGUCUCAUUCUUCAUGACAAAAAAGACGAGAUCAACAAGAUCUUUGAGUGCACAGGGACGCUCAGGUUUCCAGGUGUAUUAUAACUUGGCUUUGGCUUCUGGAGGUCAAGCUAUAGAGGUCACUAAAGCCAAUCUGCCCAGUGCUACUGAAAUCAUCUUAGACACCUCCACAUCUGCUUUGGUAACAAUCCUGCAGAGAGCCAGGAACCUAGGUCGUGUGGAGAAUUUCCCUUUCUUUUUAGAUGGAUCGUUGUCCAAUAUUACUGCCUAUUUGACAGGAAAUAACCUCAAGUUUACUCUGCAUAGCCCAUCAGGUGUGUCUCAGCCUCACAGCACAAGUAAUGGGCCUCUUGCUUCGAUUCAUACUGUGGGGAACCUGCAGCGGCUUGACUUCAGCAAUUCAAAUGAAACAGGCCUGUGGCGCAUCAGCAUGGAAUCCACAGAAGCCUACACUAUCAAAGUGACGGGUCAAAGUGCAAUAACUUUAAUUUACAACUUCGUGGAGGAAUUCGGUGGACCCCACCCAGGAUUUGCUAUUAUUGAUGGUCGCCCACAGAAAGGCUUACCUGCUAAGCUGUUAAUGACAAUAACUGGACAGAAGGGUGCUGAAGCUCUGAAGCUACAGCAAGUUGCUCUAGUGGAAGUUUCAAAUGCCAAUGUGGCGAAUGGAACCAUCAAAGAAUUGGGUGAUGGAAACUUUCUGGUUACUGUGAAUCAAGCUCCAGAAGAGGAAUUUGUGGUUAUGAUAAAAGGAGAAGAUAAGACCACCUCAAGCUACUUCCAAAGGCAGACCACAACACAGAUGUCCCUGUCUAAAGUCACUGUCAAGGCUGUAGUAGGCACCGCAAUGGUGCCAGGAAAAGACUUUAUCGUAUCUUUUACUGUAACUACUAAUGGAACUGGUGGAAAGUUCGUAAUCAGUGCUAAGAAUGACAAAGAUUUUCCUCUCACAUAUGACACCAGACUUACCGUGAACCCAGGAGGUAAUGCUUCAGGCACAGUGACUAUCAAACCUCCUGCAAGCACUGCGUCAGGAACCGAUGUCACACUGACCGUUCUGGCUGAAGGGCCCGGAGCUGAUGAUUCUAACUAUGCCGUUCUCCGAAUGUCUGUCCUCGCCGAGGUGACUGACUUUACUCCUCCAAAGUGUCUGAUUGUUGAUGCUAGUGCUGUCUGUCCAUCUGACUGCUCCCAGUCAAAUUGGAACAUGUCUGUCAACAUCACUGAUGGCGGUGGAUCUGGUACUGAACACAUCUCCACCCAGAAAGGCAGUGGCACAUUCUCCUAUGAGACUGUGGUGGAUGGGGGUAUAACCGUAGUCAUGGGUUACUACAAUGCCUCCUGCUGCUCACCUCAUGUAAUUGUAGCUGCUGUUGAUAAGGAGGGAAAUGUAGGGAAAUGCACCUACUCUGUCCAGAGGAGCGGAGGGGUUUCCCUCAGUCUGUCUCUUCCUCUCUGGGCCUGUCUGCUGGUUUCAGCCCUGAGCAUAUUGCGUGCAUAAUGUGCUUCCCUUGUAAUGAAAAAUAAAUAGAUAAAAAAGUACCCAUGCAACCACGUAAAAACCAAAAUAGAAAAAAAGUAUUCCCCAAUGCAAUGAAAAUGUAUAACACCACAGUGUUUAGGGUCAAAUGUGAGUGACAUACUAUCAUAUUAUUGUAAAAAUUUAUUUUAAAUAAGCUACAUUUAGUAAAUUGGUAUGCUGUGCAGUUCUAUUUAAACCAUGUUUAAACUGAACCUGUAAAAUUAUCCAGCUAAAUGAGUUAUCUAUGUAUUAUGUGGAAAACUAAAAUUUUGACUAUUCAACUGUUCCUUCUGAAAAUGGCUUGCUUAAACUCACCCUCACACAAUGCAUUUGUUAAUAUUUAAGGCUCUUACUUUUCAUGAUCUUAUGUUCAUUAUCACCUGAGAGGACAAAGGUGAAAUAAAAGUGUGGUAUUGUUUAAUCUGAAGUACAGGGGUAUUUUUAUCACUAUCCCAUUCCCUCUUACCUCUUGCAAGGUUAUUAAAUUUCUUACAUUCCCAACAGUAUACACAUCAACCACCAGGAGGGGCAAAAGUAAUCCUAAAGUAAAGGGAGGAGCUUUAGGGGUCUGUUUGCGUUAAUAUUGUUCAUUCUUUCAUUAUCAUUCAUCUUCCAUAACUGCUUUGUCCUGGUCAGGGUCAUGAUGAAUCCAGAGCCUAUACUGGGAACACUGGUAGCGUGAGGCAGGAAUAAACCCUGGGAUGCCAAUCCAUCACAGAUCAUGUUCUUAAUUUUUUCUGUUUGUCAAUUCUGGCUUCAAAAUAUCUUUUGCUUCUUUUCUGGCAAAGAUACUUAAUACACUAAAACCUUUAAAUCUUCUAGAAUCUUAAUUGAAUUUGAACUGAGGAUCUGUUUAGCAAGUUGUAUCUAUACUCUGCUUAUGAGUGCGUGUAUAAAUAUUCAUAAAUAUGUUAUAUGGCCAAAAGUUUGAGGACACAUGACCAUCACAUCCUUCUUUGCUUGUUGAACAUCCCAUUCCCUUUGCUGUUAUAUUAACCUCCAAUCUCUGAAGGCUUUCCACUAGAAUUUGGAGCAUGGCUGUGGGGAUUUGUGAUCAUUCAGCCGCAAGAGCUUUAGUGAGCUCAGGCACUGAUGUUGGGUGAGGAGGCCUGGGGUGCAGUCAGAGUUCCAGUUCAUCCCAAAGGUGUUCAGUGGGGUUGAGGUCAGAGCUCUGUGCACGACACUCGAGUUCUUCCACUCCAACCUUGGAAAACCAUGUUUUCAUGGAUCUCGCUUUGUGCACGGGGGCACUGUCAUGCUGGAACAGGUUUGGGCCUCUAACAUCCAGGGAAGGGAAGUUGUAAUGCUAUAGCAUACAAAGGCAUUCUAUACAAUUGUGUGCUUCCAACUUUGUAGCAACAGUUUGGGCAGAAACACAUACGCUUGUGAUGCUCAGGUGUCCACAAACUUUUGGCUAUAUAGCGUGUUUUCUGUUCUGAUGUAAAUGACACAUUUUGUUAGAAUUAUUAAUUGGUAUAACUUUGCAAACAUUAUUUGUGGCCCUCCUGUGUACCAAUACACAGUUGCUACUUCCUCUAAUUUUCCUAUAAUCACUUCUUACUUGCUUCUGGCCAGUUGGUGGAUAUUGGGUUCUCAGACAGUUGUUGCAUACCACCUCAUUUACAAGCCACUUUGAAUAAAGGUACCUGCCAAAUGGACUAAUGUAAAAACAUGAAUGUGUCAGCAGCAGACAUAAAUACAUAUAAAGAAGCUAAAUACAUUUAUGUAAGAGAUUUACUGUUUUUCUACUGUUAUGAUGUGUGGAUGUUUGAGAACAUCCUUCAUAGCAAUUUAGACAAAAGCCAUAAUGUGUAUUUGAGGUAAAU